UAUUUCCUAGCAAAGAGACGCUGCCCAAUAGGAAUUAUUAGCGCUCUGAGACACUGCCAGUGAAGGAGCCAACUGAUUUUCCCAAAUACACAAACUCAAACACAACUUUCAGGGUUUAGGGUUUCAGUCUUGUGAGUGAGAGAAUCUGAGAAGAGAAGUCAGCCAUGGAGAGUGCUUUCGCUAGCGCCUCUGCGAUCACAGACCAAAGGCAAAAGAUCGAGCAGUACAAGCACAUUCUCGCCACCGUUAUUUCCUCCAACGACGUCGUUCGUGCCAAGAAAUUCAUCGAUCACGUGUUAUCCGACGACGUUCCAUUGGUGGUGUCGCGGCAGCUUUUGCAGACCUUUGCGCAAGAGUUAGGGAAAUUGGAACCCGAGGCACAAAAGGAUAUUGCGCAUUAUGCACUUGCUCAGAUUCAGCCUCGUGUCGUUUCGUUUGAAGAACAGGUGUUAAUUAUCAGGGAGAAACUUGCUGAAUUAUAUGAGUCUGAGCAGCAGUGGUCCAAAGCAGCUCAGAUGCUCAGUGGCAUUGAUCUAGAUUCUGGAAUGAGAGUGAUCGACGAUGCAUUCAGGUUGACAAAAUGUGUCCAAAUUGCUCGCCUCUAUCUUGAGGAUGAUGAUGCUGUUAAUGCAGAAGCUUUUAUCAAUAAGGCUUCGUUUUUGGUUAGCAACAGUCAGCAGGAAGUCUUGAAUUUACAGUAUAAGGUUUGUUAUGCAAGAAUUUUAGAUUUGAAGAGGAAGUUCUUGGAAGCAGCAUUACGUUAUUAUGACAUAUCACAAAUUGAAAAACGGCAAAUAGGAGAUGAGGAGAUUGAUGAAGAAGCAUUGGAGCAAGCUCUUUCUGCUGCAGUGACAUGUACAAUUUUGGCUGCUGCAGGUCCUCAACGAUCUCGUGUUCUUGCGACUUUAUACAAAGAUGAACGAUGCUCAAAGUUGAAAAUUUAUCCUAUACUGCAAAAGGUGUAUUUGGAGAGAAUUUUGAGAAAACCUGAAAUUGACGCAUUUGCCGAAGAAUUAAAAGCACAUCAGAAAGCACUUCUGCCAGACAAUUUUACUGUUCUGGAUCGUGCUAUGAUUGAGCAUAAUCUUUUGAGUGCAAGCAAGCUCUAUACAAAUAUAAGCUUUGAUGAGUUGGGCACCUUGCUGGGCAUUGAUCCUCAUAAGGCUGAGAAGAUAGCGUCAAGAAUGAUUUAUGAAGAUAGAAUGAGGGGAUCAAUUGAUCAGGUGGAGGCUGUCAUACAUUUUGAAGAUGACACUGAAGAGCUGCAACAGUGGGAUCAACAGAUAGUCGGCCUGUGUCAGGCUCUCAAUGAUGUCUUGGAUAGCAUGGCAAAGAAGGGCUUGGCAAUUCCUGUCUGAUCAAUAUAUUAGUGAAUACUUAGAAGACAAUGUUACAUUUUUUUGGCAUAUUUAUCUGCUUCAAAAGGUGGCUGUACAUUAUUAGUCCAAUUUGAUGAACAUUACUGAUUAUGCAAUAUUAUUUUUUGUUUAUCUAGUUUCUGUUUAGCACA